UGAGUCAACACGUUCAAAACCUCAGUACGGUUGGGGGGCAGUAACGCCAUAAUGGUCUUCCAUCUGUUAUUUUAAAAUAUUGUUAUUAUUUGUAUUUUUGGCAGUGCUUUUAUUUGUAAGCAUAAUACAGAAAUUAGAUUGAAAAGGAUUCAUUAUGCCGUUGCGAAAUAUGAGAGUUAAGUUUCGAAAGUGUACUCACUGACAUUACAUUUACAAGUUAACGACUACGUACUACUGUUAGUGUUACUAUACUAUUUCAAAUACUGAGUAAUAGUAAUACUGAUAGUGUGUGACACUCAGUGAUAGAAUUAAAUACCGUAAAUCGCAUAAUGGGAAAAUACUCGGGACUGUGUAACUAAUUUCAGUUGUGCCUGUGUAUUUUUCAUUGAUAGUAUUUUUUCGUCUACUUAAGGCAGCUGAGGUUUGAAAAUCCUGUGGAUUGAACAUGGGGGAGAAAAAGGGACUACGAGGGUUGCAGGCCUGGUGUCAAAAGCUGACCGAGGGAUACAGAGAUGUCAACAUCAAGGAUUUGAGUUCUUCGUUUAGAGACGGUCUUGCCUUUUGUGCUAUCAUUCAUCAUUUUCGGCCAGACCUCGUAGAUUAUGAGUCACUGUCGAAGGAAAACAUUCUUGAAAAUAAUAAUCUGGCCUUCAGAGUUGCAGAGAAACAGCUGGGUAUUCCUGCUCUGCUGGAUGCCGAAGAUAUGGUCACAGUAGAGCAACCAGACAAACUGAGUAUUGCAACCUACCUGUCUCAGUUUUACCAAUACUUUGAAGGUGGCCAGCAACAUUCAAGUAUUAAAACUGCAAUAAAGAAGCGACCACUCAGCGAAAGAAAUACUGACAUUUUUCCUAAUAAGAUACCAGCAGUGGUUUCACCACAAAAGUUUGAAGUUUGUCAAGUAUGUCGGCAAAGAGUGUUUAUUCUGGAGAGACUGAUUGUGGAUGGAAAACUAUACCAUAGAACUUGUUUCAAGUGUACUAAAUGUGGAGCUCUACUGAAACCCGGAGCUUAUAUAGAGGGAGAUAACUCUGGGACGUACGAAUGUGCCAUCUGCCCAGAAGAGGAGAUUUCACGACAAUCUCAACCUGAGCACAAACUGAACAACGAAAAAAUCUCAUUUUCACAGGAGGAGAAAGUUCCACCCAUAAAACCAGAACGGGAAAAGUAUAAAAUAGCAACUUGUUCGGCCAUUGCCCGCCAACAAUUUUUAAGCAGUAAUCUUCAAGAUGAGAGAGACGAUUCUCUCGCUUGUUCCUCUGAAGAAAAAGAUACAAAAAAUAGUCCUGAUUCAUCAGACUUUAGAGAAGUUAAGGAAUUAGUAAAUAGGAGUCGAGACAAAUCAGAUUUGAUCACUACAGAAAACGUUUCAUCAACUGUAGAAAGUGAUGUUAGCUUGUCAGAAUUACCUGUAAUAAUAGGUAAAAUAUCUACUGACUCGUCUCUGGUUUGUGUAGCAGACAGCCAGGAAAAAAUUGCUGUGCCAGAAAAAAGCAAUGGAAACGAAAAUAGUAAUUUAGAAAUGUCAAAUGAGAACAAUCACAAUAAUGAAAGUGACACAUUGACAAGUCUCCAUAUAUCCUCAAAUAUAACAGUAGUAGACGACGCAGUUAACGAGACCAUCGAUGUCUUAGCAGUAAGUGGUACAAAUGAAAUUGUUGAUGUAAAACCUCUAAGUUUGCACACUGAAAAUAGUACAUCAGAACAAGAAGAUGAAAAGGAAGAUAGGACAGUAACCAGUAUGUCAUCUGGAGCAAGUAAUGAUGUCAUAGCAACAGUGAGAGUAAAUGAAAGUGAUAAUACAGUAACGUCAAAUAGACUUUACAGUGAAAGUUACUUGAAGAGAUCCAUAGGAGAAGAAUAUGUCACAAAGGAAGAUCAAAGAAACAUCGAUUCACAGGAGCAGGCAGUUAAGAGCAGAGGCAUAUCAGAACCAUUUGUUUACAAAUCCCCUUUCAUCAAACGACAGUCUUACUCAUCAUUUGGAAUUGAACUACCAGUUAUUCGCUCCUCAGUUUAUGGUUUGUCCAAAAAAAUUGGUUCCCCAUCUAUGGAUAGUUGUGAAAGUCCUUUAACGUUUUCUUCACAGCUGAAUUUGAAACUAAACCAGCAGGUCACAAGUUCUGGUACCUCAAGUCAAGACAUCGGUGAUCCUUCUGCUGUUGGUGACAAAAUGGAUAGUCCGAGAAUAGCGGAGACUGGAGCCGAGAAACAUGCGGCUUCCAGUGACGUUGGUUCAACGAAUGAAGAAGCAGGAGAGAGAACUCCUAGUAGUUUGGAUACAUCUCUUGCACAUUCCUGUGAGGAAGGAUUGACUGAUCAAAUUUCUAGUGUGUUGGAUGUGAAAAUGCUACAUCCUGAUGAGAGGAAUGCGACAGAUCAAACUUCAAAUGUGAUGGAAGCAAAAUCACCACCUAGUGAAGUAGAGAUUGUAACUAAUGAAAAUAUGACUGGUGUUUCGGAUGUAGCAGAACUGCCUUCUGGUGAGGUAGAUACCUCAGUGAAUCAAACCACUGGUAUUUUGGAUGUAGCAGGACUGCCUUCUGGUGAGGUAGAUACCUCAGUGAAUCAAACCACUGGUAUUUUGGAUGUAGCAGGACUACCUUCUGGUGAUGUAGAUACCUCAGUGAAUCAAACCACUGGUAUUUUGGAUGUAGCAGGACUACCUUCUGGUGAUGUAUUUACAAAAAGAAAGGAAAUUAAGGAUGAUCUAAAAGUCGGAGAAAUAAAUAAAACAGUAACAUUGUUGAAAGAUGAUAUUGUAGACUACCCUGAUGAGUUAAACCCAUUUGGUGAUGAUGAAGAAACUUCACAAGAUGAGAGUGUUGAUUCUGAAGUUUACCCAGAAUCUUUAAACCCAUUUGAAAGUUCUGAAGAUGAAAAUGAUGACUACCACAAAGCACAGACACUUCCACUUCGGAAGAUGGAAGUUUAUCGUGAAGAUUAUGAUUGUAGUCUUAAUCCAUUUGGAAGCACAGAUGAAAGUGAUACAGAGGAAACCAUUAAACCUAUAAUCUCAUCACCUGAAACCUAUUGGCAAAUAAACAAGCAACAGCAGUAUCUAAGAGGAAAUGAUAAAAGUUCUACUGUUGCAGGUCCAGCGAAAGCCACAACGACUCAUAAAAAGAGGAAGGCACCAAGCCCACCAGUAAAUAAAGAUAUCACUAAAAGUACUGAAGUUUCUGGCUUCCAAUGCUUAACACACAACUCAUCUGGAAAGGUGGCCAAUGCUGAAGAUACAGCUCAAGGUCCAGUUAAACUGGCUGAAACUCCAUAUUCAAAUACCAGUCUUGUUAUUAAAACUACACAGAUUCCAGAAAUUAAACCAGCUACACCUUCACCCCUCUCCAAGAAAAGAGCUGCUCCAAGGCCUCCUGCAAGUCCUCAGACUCCAAGCAAAUCAGAAGGCAUGCAACCUAAUAAAGAGGAAUGUCCAAACACAAGUGAAGCACAAAAAGACAAUGGAGAAAUUAAGCUACAACCAGAAGAAACACAAAAAGAUGAAGACAAUGGAGAAAUUAAGCUACAACCAGAAGAAACACAAAAAGAGAAAGAAAAUGGAGAAAUUAAGCUACAACCAGAAGAAACACAAAAAGAGAAAGACAAUGGAAAAACUAAGCUGUCGCCAGAAAACAAGACUUUGGGGUUUUUGAAGAAGAAGAAACGUCCUGCUCCUCCCGUACCAAUUCCUCCAAGAAGACAGAUUCGCAAGAUUCCAUUGGAAGAGAUUCAGGCAGAAAUGACCAACAUAGAGCAUCAGCAAGAGGAGCUGGAAGAGAUUGGGCGUGAGCUUGAGAUGAAAAUCAGGGAUCUUAACUCAG